ACUGAGCUCUCGCCCCCGGCAGCCCAAUGCACGUCCUCGGCCUCCUGCUCCUGCUCACAUCCGCCCUGGCCGGCCGGAGUCCCGGCGCUCGCGCGGAGGCCAACCCCAGCGGCAAGUUCCAGUUCUCCAGCGACAAGGAGCAGAACGGAGUACAAGAUCCCCAGCAUGAGAGAAUUAUUACUGUGUCUACCAAUGGGAGUAUCCACAGCCCGAAGUUUCCUCAGGCUUACCCAAGAAAUACAGUGUUGGUUUGGAGAUUAGUAGCAGAAGAAAAUGUGUGGAUACAGCUUACAUUUGAUGAAAGAUUCGGGCUGGAAGACCCUGAGGAUGAUAUAUGCAAGUAUGAUUUUGUAGAAGUUGAGGAACCCAGUGAUGGAACUGUGUUAGGGCGUUGGUGUGGCUCUGGGGCUGUGCCAGGAAAACAGAUUUCUAAAGGAAAUCAAAUCAGGAUAAGAUUUGUGUCGGAUGAGUAUUUUCCUUCUGAACCCGGGUUCUGCAUCCACUACAAUAUCAUCAUACCACAAGUCACAGAAGCUGUGAGCCCUUCAAUGCUGCCCCCUGCGGCCUUACCACUUGACCUGCUUAAUAAUGCCGUGGCUGCCUUCAGCACCUUGGAGGAUCUCAUCCGCUAUCUUGAGCCUGACAGGUGGCAGCUGGACUUAGAAGAUCUGUACAGGCCAACGUGGCAGCUUCUGGGCAAAGCUUUUGUGUUUGGAAGAAAAUCCAGAGUGGUGGAUCUUAACCUUCUCAAAGAGGAGGUAAGACGCUACAGCUGUACACCUCGCAACUUCUCGGUGUCCGUAAGGGAAGAGCUGAAGAGAACAGACACCAUUUUCUGGCCAGGCUGUCUCUUGGUUAAGCGCUGUGGUGGGAACUGUGCCUGUUGUCUCCACAAUUGCAAUGAAUGUCAGUGUGUUCCCAGCAAAGUGACGAAAAAGUAUCAUGAGGUCCUUCAGUUGAGACCAAAGACUGGAGUCCGGGGAUUGCACAAGUCUCUGACCGACGUGGCCCUGGAACACCACGAGGAGUGUGACUGUGUGUGCCGGGGGAACUCGGGAGGGUAGCGCACCCCCCCCCCUGUGUCUGCCCCCACCCCCAGGAGCUGUGAUGGGCGGCCGCGGGUUGCAUUAGAGACCUUCUGCAUUAUCUCCAUCCAAAAUCUCAGUUAAUUUUGCUCAAGGACCUUCCAUCUGCAGCGUGCUCUGAAAGAAGAGACACUGCACAAAGAGAGGAGGAAUGCAUCAGGACUUCUCAGAGGGGACACCCAAGGACAGGACAGGUCUGCAAACAUGGACAAAAGCAAAACGUUUGUAGAUCGUUAGGCAGCCCCACAGUGCGCAUGUUCCUGUUCUGCUAAUGGGAUUUUCUAUUUCCUUUGUGUCAAUAUGACUUAGGUGACGUCAGAACAAGAAAAAAAAAAAACAGAAAAGUAAGCACAUGAUGGUGAACAUUACAGAAAAAAUUUGGGAUUUUCGCCUCUUAUAUUUGCAUAUGUAAAUCAGAAUGUGCCGUGUGCUACAAACCUGGCUUUUAAGAGAACUAUGUCGCUAUGAUUGAUACUGGUGCGGUGCUGAUAAAAGAGACUGGAUUUUCCAUGCUCAUUAAAAUGCCUGUCUUUUACAAAGAGAGAACUACUUCUGGGUUUGGAGAAGGCAAACCUGAAAAGAGAGAGAGAGAGGCCUUGUCUUCCCUUACCUCUGAGGUGGUUGAUGUUUUAUUGUGUACAUUUUUAUAUUCUCCUUUUGACUUUAUAACUUGGCUUUUCUAAUCUUGUUAAAUAUAUCUAUUUUUACCAAAGGUAUUUAAUAUACUUUUUUAUGACAACCUAGAUCAACUAUUUUUAGCUUGGUAAAUUUCUUUUCUAAGCAGAAUUGUUAUAGCCAGAGAGGCAAAGAUGUUAUUAAAUAUUGUUGCUCUGACAAAAGACAUGUAUUUCCUUCUUGUAUGGUGAAAAUUUUUUGCAUAGAGGAAUAUGCAUUUUAAAUGUGGGAGGUGGGAAAGGAAUAGGAUUGGUUUUAAGUCAUGAAGACUUUUUGAAAGUAAUUUAAUUAUCAACAAUUCCACUUGUCAUUCAGAUCAAGUCAUUCCUAACCUAACCCUCUUUGUAGGGAGUAUGAGCCUAGUUCACUAGAAUGAAAAUUGCCUUAAUGAAAGAGACGUGCAGGCUUCAUGACGGCGAGCUGUGUCAAGCUGUGCUGUUUGGACACAUCCUAUUUAUUGAGAUGCUGGGAGUUUAUAAACAUUAAGCCCUGCUCCAUACGCUUGUAUAAUACAUGGAUAUUUUAUGUACAGAAGUACAACCUUUAACUAAUUCACUCUUUGUACUCUUUGGCAAGUAAAAAAAAAAUCAGUAUAAUAUUUUGCUUGUAAAAUGCUUAAUAUCGUGCCUAGGUUAUGUGGUAACUAUUUGAAUUAAAAUGUAUUGGAUCAUCAAAUAAAAGAAUAUGGCUAUUUGGGGGAGAAACUAA